CAGUUUAAGGAGUCUGAGUAGAUAAUAAUCCCCAGGUCAAUGGAUUACUACCUGUUUGUGUAUUAUAAACGUGUGACGUCGCCUAGUUUAUAGACGAGUGAAUCCAGUUUUACAGACGAGACCUAGUGUUGUCAAUCUGCUGUCUCACCUUCCUACCUGAACAUCUGAUCUAUGUUCUGGUCCACAUAGACCCCAACAGACGACGCAACCACAGAAACAAGCAUCACCAUGUCAACCAGGGACAAGGCUACUGAACAACUGAACGAGUUCAAACUGUCACACGCGACCCCGGAACAAUGUACCACUGGUACGGGGGCCCCUAUAGGGCUGAAGACAGCGACAAUGACGGCGGGACCCCUGGGGCCGGUCCUCGUCCAGGACUUUGUGUUUAAUGACGAGAUGGCGCACUUUGACAGGGAGAGGAUCCCAGAGAGGGUGGUCCACGCCAAGGGGGCAGGAGCCUUCGGGUACUUUGAGUGCACUCAUGACAUCAGUAAAUACACCAAGGCCAAACCCUUCGAGUCGGUCGGCAAGAAGACGCCCGUGGGUGUUCGAUUCUCCACCGUCGGUGGAGAGAGCGGAUCUGCCGACACAGCUCGUGACCCCCGGGGUUUCGCCGUAAAAAUGUACACCGAGGACGGAAACUGGGACAUAGUGGGCAACAACACCCCAAUCUUCUUCAUCCGGGACCCCAUCCUGUUCCCCAGCUUUAUUCACACCCAGAAGAGAAACCCGCGCACUCACCUAAAGGACCCUGACAUGUUCUGGGACUUCAUCUCUUUGAGGCCGGAAACCACUCACCAGGUGUCCUUCCUGUUCUCAGACCGAGGCACACCGGACGGUUAUAGGAGGAUGAACGGCUACGGCAGUCACACCUUUAAACUGGUCAACAAGGACGGCAAACCAGUCUUCUGCAAAUUCCACUUCAAGACUGACCAAGGCAUCCAGAAUCUGUCGGCGGCCGAAGCUAAUCGUUUGUCUGCCGAGGACCCCGACUAUGCCAUCCGGGAUCUGUACAACAAUAUCGAGGACGGGAAAUACCCCUCCUGGACGCUCAAAAUCCAGAUCAUGACGCCGGAACAGGCCGAGAAAUACAAGUGGAACCCGUUCGAUGUGACCAAAGUGUGGUCCCAGAAGGACUACCCUCUGAUCGAGGUCGGGAAGAUGGUGCUGAACAGGAACCCCAACAACUACUUCGCUGAGGUGGAACAGAUCGCCUUCUCCCCCGCUCACUUCAUCCCGGGGGUGGAGGCCAGUCCAGACAAGAUGUUACAGGGCCGUCUUUUCUCUUACUCCGACACCCACCGUCAUAGACUGGGGGCCAACUACCUACAGAUCCCCGUCAACUGUCCAUACAAAGCCAAGACCUUCCACUACCAGAGGGACGGACCCCAGUGUGUCAAUGACAACCAAGGAGGUGCCCCGAACUAUUUCCCGAACAGCUUCUCUGGCCCAAUGGACGACCCGGUGGGCUGCGAGUCGUGCCCCUUUACAACCACUGGAGAGUGCAGACGCUACAACUCGGCGGAUGAAGACAACUUCUCACAAGUCGGCAUAUUCUGGAAUCAGGUACUGAAGCCCGAGGAGAGGGACCGAUUGGUUGAGAACAUUGGAAACCAUCUGAUCAAUACCCAGAAGUUUAUCCGCGACCGCGCCGUCAAAAACUUCGGACAGGCGGACCCAGAGUUCGGCCGGAAGUUACAGGCGCACCUCGACUCCGUCAGCAAUGUGAGCAAAAUCAACGUGGUUUUGAAUGGUGUCAAAAUGUCGGAUAAAUAAAACUCCAGUUGUACUAAAGCAAAAGGAAGGAUUUAAAAAAAGUGACUCCUGCUUUUAUUAACACUAACUUUGGAUAUGGAUGCAUCUGUAUUUCCUUGAAUUGUACAUGUAUUCCAGUAUUCUAAUGCCAUAUUAUUUAAUAGUGGCCACAUUUAGUGCUUUGGUUUGAUGCUUUUCUGCAUAGAUCAUUAAAUAAAAUGUGUACAUUGUACAUUUAUAUGUGUUUGAUAUAAUACGGUACUCGGUUGUUUUCAAAACUUCUUCAAUAAAACAAAAACAAAAAAAUUUCGUU